UUCCCAAAUUUUUAUUGCUUUAACUAUGAUUGCUUCAUUCCACGGCUCAUCGAUUCUUUUCUUACAAGUGGUGGAUACUGGAAUGAUUGUUAUGAUGGACACGACUCCAAUGGAAAUAUUACCAUCAAGUGGGAUAUCAAGACUUGGACUCCAGAUGGAUACAUUGUUGUUGUUUCCAUCUACAAUUUCCAGAAGUAUCCUAUUCAAGCACUAGGAUGGCAACUGGGUUGGACAUAGACCAAACACGAAAUAAUUUGAAGUGUGCUUGGAGGUCUAGCUAGUGAGAAAGGUGAUUGUUCAUGGUUCAAAGGGAAAAACCCAUAUUGCUGCAAGAAGAACCCAACGUUUGUGGACAUGACUCCACAAACACCUCCCGAGCAACAAAUUGAAAAUUGUUGCAAAGGUGGCGUAAUUAAAUCAUGGCUUCAAGAUCCAAGGAACGCUUUGAGCGCCUUCUAGCUGAAAGUUGGUCAUGCUGGACCAGCAAACGGAGAGUGAGUAAGCCAAAGAGUUUUAGUCUCAAGGCACUGCAACUUGCAUAUAUGUGUAGAGAUGCAAACAAAGGUGGAACCGAUCAAGAAAACAUUGAGUAAAUUACAAACCGUAAUUAAGCUAAUUGGUUGCAUUCUUUUUUUCCCUAUUAAUCUUAUUAUUAUUAUUUCGUCUUUGUUCCUUUAUGUAUCUCAAGACACUAAUGGUAUAAUUAUGUUAUAUUUUUGUUUCCUCAGUGACAUGGAGAGUCACUUGUAUCUACUUCCCUUUUCUUUACGCCACAUCCGGAGGCAAGUUCACAUGUGCCAAAUCCAGAAGCAAGUCCACAUGUUACUACCCUCAGUGACGUUGAGCUCACACUGGUUCACACUCUGAUAGGUGUUUUGGUGGCUGUUAUAGUGUGACUUUUCAUUCUUUUAGUGCACAUGAUAUUUUAUAUCUAGUUCAGUUGUAUUUUGAUAUUGUAUCAUUAUUCUGCGUAUUGUUUCUAUAGGUUAUGGGCAAAUUUUUAUUUCUCCAUCGAAGUUUUAAAUUGA